UGUUCAUUUUUCAGGUUUGACAAAAGAAUCACUGCGUUUGCUGAAGAUAAGUUCCGAAGAGAUGGUAUUGAUGUGAAAACAGGAUCCAUGGUUGUGAAGGUAUCUGAUAAAGAAAUUUCUACUAAAGAAAUGAAAAAUGGAGGAGAAAUUACUACAAUUCCAUAUGGAAUGGCCGUCUGGUCAACUGGUAUUGGCACUCGUCCAUUUAUAAGAGAUUUUAUGUCACAAAUUGGUCAGACUAACAGACGCGCCAUAGCUACUGAUGAAUGGUUGAGAGUUGAAGCAACUAACAAUGUGUAUGCACUUGGUGAUUGUGCUACAAUAAACCAGCGAAAAGUCAUGGAAGAUAUCGCCGCAAUAUUUAAGAAGGCUGACACUGACAAUUCAGGGACUCUUACUGUCAAAGAAUUUCAGGAGGUGUUGGCUGACAUCUGUGAGAGAUACCCUCAGGUGGAGCUAUAUCUAAAGAGUAAACAAAUGCACGACCUUGCUGAUUUGCUGACAGAGUCCAAGGGAGAUGUUAAAAAAGAAUCCGUUGAACUCAACAUCGAAGAACUCAAAACCGCACUCUCUAAAGUGGAUUCUCAGAUGAAAUUUCUUCCUGCUACAGCGCAGGUUGCAUCUCAGCAAGGCACCUACCUGGCCAAGUGCUUUAACCGGAUGGAAGAGUGUGAAAAAAAUCCAGAGGGUCCAAUCAGGUUCAGGGGAGAAGGGCGCCAUCGCUUCAAACCCUUUAGGUACAAGCAUUUGGGUCAAUUUGCUCCUCUAGGAGGAGAGCAAACAGCUGCACAGCUUCCUGGGGAUUGGGUUUCAAUUGGACACAGUUCACAAUGGCUGUGGUAUUCUGUCUAUGCAAGCAAGCAAGUCAGCUGGCGCACAAGGGCAUUAGUAGUAUCAGACUGGACAAGACGCUUUAUUUUUGGGAGGGACUCCAGUCAAAUAUGAAAGAGAUUCAACAUUUUUCCAGGAGUCUUGUAGUGCGAUAUUGCAGAAUGCAGAGCUCGUCAAUCUUGAAUUUAUGUUGAUAUAGAGAUGUUUAUUCUCCAAUUCCUGAUUCUUUGAAUAGCAAAAGCAGACUCCCUGCUGGGAUUUGUGAUCACUGAUCAUGCUUUUGUCAGUUUAAACUUUUUCAUGUAUGAAUUUUUUAUAUACCCCUUCCGCUUUUCUUUCUUGCUUCUGGAAUUGAAAUUGCGGCAUUUGUGAAUCUCCGAGUUUUGCUUAUUUAUUUCGGAGAUGUUCGGUGAUGUUAGUUUAUGACCUUAAUCAUUCGAGUUAUACUGACUGAAUGCUUUUUAAUAUUUUGUCAUUCUUUGAAUUUCUGAUCAAGGGAGACGAUUGCUUUGUUGGAA